GCCCGGAGACAGCGCAAAGAAACAAGCGGUUCUCAAGGCUCCGUAGCAGCAACAGCCAUCCGCCAGGUGGAGCGAACACCUCAACCCGACGCGUCAGCAACCCGACCCGCUAUCAUCGGCAAGCUACGAUGUCUCACUCCGUACUCCCUAUCUGCGUCCUGGGACUGCUCGCCCUCAGUACCGCCCUCUCCUCCGCCUGCUACAUCCAGAACUGUCCUAGGGGGGGCAAGAGAGCCUUGGCCGAGACUGGACUCAGACAGUGCAUGUCAUGUGGUCCCAGGGACAGGGGGCGCUGCUUUGGUCCCAACAUCUGCUGUGUGGAGGGCUUUGGUUGCCUGCUGGGCUCCCCGGAAACAUCUCACUGUGUGGAGGAGAACUACUUGCUCACCCCCUGUCAGACAGGGGGACGGCCCUGUGGCGCCGAGGGGGGUCACUGCGCCCCUUCGGGCCUCUGCUGUACCUCUGAGAGCUGUUCAGUAGAUUCCUCCUGCCUGGAGGAGGCUGAGGCUGAAGCUCAAACCUCUGCAGGGAGUUCACCUGCAGAGCUGCUGCUGCGCCUGCUGCAUGUGGCCACUAGGGGGCAGACUGAGUACUAACUCUGCGUUUCUCAGUUCAAGACCUCUAAUCCACUAAAUGCCUUUGAACCUCACAUACAUCACACUCACUUGUAAUAAGGUAUACAUCUUUCAAUAGUGGGCUACGUUUUUGCAAAUACACCCCCCCAUUUGUGCUAUUUAGGUAUUUUAUUAUAUUAUUAUUAUGGGCAUUUCUUUUCAUUGCCAUUGAUGGGGAACCAAUUAUGUGCUGAUUACAUUUCAAUGCGCCUCAGGUUUCAGGUAGCAAUGUAAAUAAACAAGACACCAUAUGAUAAGGAAGUUGGACCACCAAGUCGUCAAAAUGUGAUUGUAUAGUGAUAAACAAAUAAAACAAUACAGAAUAUACCACUGUCAUCAGGAAAAUGUGUGUUCAUCCCAUUAUUUGAACAAUUUCAAGGAAAUUAUUGUGAUUCCUGCAAAUGGUUUGGAUAUACUCCACAUUAAAAA